AUGCUGGUGGAGCAUGGCGCUGAUGCAAAAGCCAUGGACGACGUCAGUACCUCCCACUUGCUCUUCCGUCUUAUGAUGUAUGGCCGGACACCACUGCACUAUGCCUGCCAUACCGGUCGUAUCAUGGUAGUGUUGAUGCUGUUGGAGCAUGGUGUCGAUGCAAAAGCGCAGAACAAGGUCAAUACUUCCCUCUUUCCCAUUAACCUCCCUCUGCUGGGCGGCCGAGCACCACUGCACUAUGCCUGCUAUAACGGCCAUGUCAAGGUGGUGGAGACACUGUUGGAGCACGGCGUUGAUGCUGAAGCCAAGGACGAGAGAGGGGAGACGGCCUUCGAUGCUGGACGUCGACGUGGGCAUGCCAACAGGCUGGAGCCCGUCUUCGCUGCCCACGAGGCUCGCCUUGCACAGCUAUUUGCCUGGCUGCCGCCCUUGCCCAGUCCUCCACCGUCCCUUGAGACGACGGCCGCUGUUGUGGUGUCGGUGGAAGGCUGGCUCAGACCGCUCCUGCCCGAGCAAUCCACCACUCACCCCCUCCCGCACCUCGAUGCCUUUAUCAGCGGUGCCAUCAAGCGAAACUCUAAUCUCGCAGCAAUGGUUACGAAGAUCCAGAACACCAUCGAUGAAGCUCCACCAGAGUUUCCUGCCUUGAACUGGCCUGCCUUCAAAGCGACCAUCACCCGCGCCCUCGGCGUCCUCGACCAAGCAGUGCAAGUUCCCGAAGCGCUACAGGGCUGCCUCAGCCAGCUGGACCCCAACAUUGACAAUCUAGAAUCGAGCACCCUGGGAGCGCGCCUCCGCACUGUGCUUGGGCCCAACCUUCCAGCCAGCCUGAUCUUGGAGGCCAUGACCGAAGUAGACCAGGGUUUGACGCUCUCCAGCCUGGGCCAGCUUGAUCUUCAUUACAACCAAAAUCACAAGGUCUACAAGGCCCGCGCCGCGCUACCAGAAUCUGAGGAACAAGAUUUGGCUGUGAAAGAGUACGCUUUUGCCCGGCAACACAAGCAGGACCAGUGCCGUACAUUCCUGCGCGAGCUUCGCGCCAUGCGCCAGCUUGAGCACCCACACAUCAUUCCGGUCCUUGGCGCGCUCGUGGACGUGCACAGUGGCCACCCCAGCGCCUACUUGGUGCAGCCGUGGUGUACACAGGGUGACUUGCAGCAGUGGCUCGGCAAGGCGCGGCAUCUGGCCACCUCGACCGUCGUUGCGAGUUUGAUGACGCAGCUGCGCAUGGCCCUGGCGUUUAUGCAUAGCAAGGGCCUGGUGCAUCGGGAUGUCAAGCUGAGCAAUGUGAUGCUGGACGGUGACGAGGACCAACCUGUUAUGUGCGAUUCGUCGAGUGAUUUGUACAAGGAAACGCGGGCUUUGCUUGCAACAGAUCCGAAGCAACGGCCAAGCCUUUUCAGCGCCCGGAACAUCGCGCAGCAGCCUGCCUUGGCCCAAGUCGGGCCAGCCAUUGAUGUCUUGCGCGACGCGCCCGAGCUCAUGUCAGAGGUGGGUGAGCUACUGAAGCAGCUGAACACCGAUGGACGGGAACCAGCGAAUAUUGCAGUGCAACGAGUGGAGCGCGUGCACAACCCCGUGCUGUGGGAGCGCUACAGCGUCAAGCGACGCGAAAUGUUGCAUCGCAUCAAAAGUCAGGAGCAGUGCACCCAGAUUCAAACGGCCACAUCAGAUGCGCCUUCGGGCUCUCCAGCGCUGCUUCGCGAUACAUCCUGUCAAGAGCGCCUGUUGCUCCACGGCAUCGCCCCUGACACAAUGUUGCGCGACAAGAUUGUGCGCCUGGGCCUUGACUAUCGCUUUGCCGGCAACAGUGCCGGCCACCGCUUUGGUCUCGGUGUUUACUUGGCGGACCAUCCCGGCAAGAGUCAUCAGUACGCCGGUGCCGGACCCAACGGCGAACGAAUGCUCGUCAUCACGCGAGCACUCCUGGGCCAUGCCCAUGUCCAUCCAUCGCCUCCUUCUGGGGCGCUGGCACCUCCGCUCCUGCCCAAUGCGCCCAACAACGAGCGGUAUGACUCGGUUGUCGCGACACCCUCUGGGCAGUUCCAUGAGGUGAUUGUGUUUGAGAAUGCCCAAAUCUAUCCGGAGCUGGUUUAUGGCCGAGCUCCACUGCACUAUGCCUGCGAGAAGGGCCAUGUCAAGGUGGUGGAGAUGCUGUUGAAGCACGGUGUUGAUGCCAAAGCCAGGGACGAUGUGAGUGCCUCCCUUUUUCCGUACCUUCUGGGAAUGUAUGGCCGGACUGCAGUACACUAUGCCUGCGAUCAAGUCUAUGUCAAGGUGUUGGAGAUGCUGGUGGAGCAUGGCGCUGAUGCAAAAGCCAUGGACGACGUCAGUACCUCCCACUUGCUCUUCCGUCUUAUGAUGUAUGGCCGGACACCACUGCACUAUGCCUGCCAUACCGGUCGUAUCAUGGUAGUGUUGAUGCUGUUGGAGCAUGGUGUCGAUGCAAAAGCGCAGAACAAGGUCAAUACUUCCCUCUUUCCCAUUAACCUCCCUCUGCUGGGCGGCCGAGCACCACUGCACUAUGCCUGCUAUAACGGCCAUGUCAAGGUGGUGGAGACACUGUUGGAGCACGGCGUUGAUGCUGAAGCCAAGGACGAGCUGUUGAGCAGUUGGGAUCCACGACGUAUUCGAGAUGCCGCCGCCACUUUGAACCGUGAUAUUCUGGAUGGCUGGACAGCACUGCACUGUGCCUGCCUUCGGAGCCAUGUAAAGGUAGUGGAGGUGCUGUUGAAGCACGGCGUUGAUGCCGAAGCCCAGACCAACGUCAGUACCUCCUCUUCUCUCCCCUUUACGCCGAUAUGA